CAUGUAUGAACAUGUAUAUGCACUAUAUACGUAUGCAUGUCACACUAAUAAUCAUUAAGUGGUGGUGAUGUAUAUCAGCAGAUAAUACAGAAUAAAGGGACUGGACUUUAUAGAUACUACCUUCAGCACAAAGUACGGUAUAUUAGUGUAUAAUGUGUAUUACAGGGAGCAGUGAGAAGGAAAGGAUGAGGGGUUACCAUCACUGUUAUGAAUUCCUAAUAUUUGGUGUUAAUUCUUAAAGCAGACAGACACCACUGAUGCUUUGCCGUUACUUUACCAUCGGUGAAGGGAUAAAAAAGCAUGCCCCAUGACGUCUUCCUGCUGCUUCAAAGACAUAAACCAGCUGCUGUUACUUGUUUGGGUAAAUACUGUAACAUGAGUCCCCACUGUGCACACCGGAGACAGGUGAGUGAUGCUGGAUAAGAGCCUUGAGACUAAAGAUUUGAUGAAAUGCUCCUAUUAUGAUACUUUACAGCCUGGGGAAUAGGGAAGCUGGUUACUUGAUCCUCUGCUAUACCUGAACCUCAUUGUUGCAGCUUUUAAUAACUGAAUAUCCAGCCUGCCUAUAAAGGUGCCCCCGAGGAAAGAAUGAUGGGACUAGAAUUAGCAUUCAGAGCUAGAAAUGGGCAACAAGCAAACUGUUUUCACUCAAGAGCAACUGGAUGCGUAUCAGGACUGCACAUUCUUUACAAGGAAAGAAAUACUGAGACUGUUUUACAGAUACCGAGAUCUAGCCCCACAGCUAGUUCCGCUCGACUACACACAUAAACCAGACGUGACACUUCCCUAUGAACUCAUUGGCAGCAUGCCAGAGCUAAAGGACAACCCGUUCCGCCAGCGGAUAGCAGAGGUUUUCUCAGAGGGUGGAGAUGGCAACAUGACUUUAGAUGAUUUUUUGGACAUGUUUUCAGUGAUGAGUGAAAUGGCUCCCAGAGACUUGAAAGCUUAUUAUGCUUUUAAAAUUUAUGAUUUUAACAACGAUGACUACAUAUGCAAAUCUGAUCUGGAGAAAACAGUCAACAAAUUAACCCGAAAUGAACUCACCCCAGAAGAAGUGAGCCUCGUAUGCGAAAAGGUGAUUUACGAAGCUGACGUGGACAACGAUGGCAAGCUGUCUCUGGAAGACUUCCAGCAUAUGAUAAUACGGGCUCCAGAUUUCCUUAGCACAUUUCACAUUCGAAUCUGAAUCUAGUGAAACAUGUGGAGGCAAGCAUUUCCUGAACCUUCAAAAACUAUUACUGAGAUCACCGUCCAUGAGGGAGCAAAAGGAAGGGAGCAAAGAGGACAACUUCUGGUAACUGAACCAGUUGCAGAACUCUCUCUUUUACCUCUUUAGAAGGAGCAAUUCAUUAAGCUCUUCAUCGUGAUUUCUCUGUCA